AAACAUUAUUACUCUGUUUAAGAAGACAAUUAUCAUGAAUCAUCUGUUGAGAAGUAGGCUGCCAGAAACUUGAUUUGUUAAUUAUUAAUCACAAUUUUGAUGACAACUUAACCAUCUCCUACUCUUCACAUUCAUUCUUUUGGUGUCUCUUAACAUAUAAUAAUUCACCAUAAUCUCCUUACUUAAACCCAUAAACUCUUCACAAAGUCUCAGUUGAAAUUUGAUAACAAUGGCUGGAGGUGCAGCUUUGACUCCAACCUCUGUAGGAUCUAAGUCAGUACUCCCAUUGAGGAACCAUGAAGCAGUAGCAGAGAGAGGCAACAACAACAACAACAUGAAAACAUUACCCAAAGCGGUCCAACCAGUUUCAUCAAUCGAAGGAGAGAUGGCUAAGAGGCCAAGAGGUAGACCAGCUGGCUCCAAGAACAAACCCAAACCACCAAUCAUUGUGACUCACGACAGUCCCAAUUCUCUCAGAGCUCAUGCCGUUGAGAUCAGCUCGGGUAAUGACAUCUGUGAGACUUUAUCAGAUUACGCAAGGAAGAAGCAGAGAGGUCUCUGCAUACUAAGCGCUAAUGGUUGCGUCACCAAUGUGACAUUAAGGCAGCCAGCUUCAUCAGGAGGUAUUGUGACAUUACACGGACGUUUCGAGAUCCUCUCAUUGCUUGGAUCAAUCUUGCCUCCUCCAGCACCGCUUGGGAUCACUGGUUUGACCAUUUACUUAGCCGGCCCUCAAGGACAGGUUGUUGGUGGAGGAGUGGUUGGUGGGCUAAUUGCAUCUGGUCCUGUUGUUCUCAUGGCUGCAUCUUUCAUGAACGCUGUGUUUGAUCGUCUUCCUCUGGAUGAUGAUGAAGCUGCUUCUAUGCAGAACCAGCAAUACUACCAGAAUGGAAGAUCCCGUCCCCUAGAUGACAUUCAUGGACUGCCUCAGAACCUACUCACUAAUGGAAACUCAGGUUCUGAUAUUUACUCUUGGGGAGCUGCGCAGCGUGCCAUGUCCAAACCUUAAUAUGACCUAUCUUAUCUCCCUGGUUCAUCAUAUCAAAGUACCAUAUAGUUUUACUAUCUAAUUUACUUUGGAAUCAAAGAUCAAACCAUGAGUUUGGUGAAAGAACUGAAAGUAAUCUUUC